AUGUUAGAACAGGAGCAGUUGGCUUAUAUGUUUUGUGAUUGUGACAAAGAGAGUUCCAGUACUUCACAAUUUAGUGUCAAUGUCCAAAUAAGCCUCUAUCCAUGUUUCAACCAUCUGGCUAGCAGCUGCUCAUCUAUAAGUACACCUGAUUAUUCGACAUUUGGAUCCAAUGAAUCAGGUGAAUCUUCCACAUGGGGCAAAGGAGCAUAUAAAGCCUUUAAUGGUCAAAUUUUUUCCUUUGAGUCUUCAUGCACAUACACCUUCUGUCGUCACUGUGUUGAAUCUGGAAGUUAUUUUAACAUUGAAAUCAAACGAAAUAAUCAGAGUGAUAUUGAAAAAAUAACAGUCUUACUUGAUGGAAAUGAUAUCUCUAUUAGUGGAAAAACAAUCCUGGUUAAUGGAGAAAGUGUAAAUGUUCCAUUUAAUAACAAGUUGAUUCACAUAAGACAUUAUGGAGACUAUACUAAGCUGGAAAGCCGUAGAGGAAUCCUAUUUUUAAUGUGGAACACAAAGGAUAAAUUGUCACUUACUCUUCACAAACCAUAUUCUACCUGUGGUCUUUGUGGAAAACUGAGUGAUUAUCCUGAGGAAGAUAUUGAUGAAAACAUUGCCAACAGUAAAAUUUCUGAUGACUGUCCUAAAGCCAUAGCUAAGCAAUAUGAAGAAUGUGAGGAUGGAAAAGAGUAUUGCAACAAGGUGAUUGGAACAUACUUUGAGAAAUGUGGAAAAAUUACUUCUUUGUCCAAUGAAUACAAACAAAUCUGCAUUGAAGACUACUGCAAGAAUGGGAGCAAGAAUUAUACUUGUGACAGUUUCUCUGAAUUGUCCCGCCUCUGUGCUUCAGAUGGUCCUGGUGCCUAUGAAUCAUGGAGAAAUGAUUCUGAUAUAGUUUGUGAAAAACAUGUAUGUCCAGAGACACAGAUCUACAAAGAAUGUAGUCCUUCAAACCCACCAACAUGUUCAAAUGUGGCUCCCUUCCAAAACAGUGAAUGUGUGAGUGGCUGCAUCUGCCCCGAAGGUUUUCUGCUUGAUGAUAUUGGAGAAAAACUCGCUUGUGUAUUAAAAGCUGAUUGUCCCUGUGAAUCCAAUGGGAAGAUAUAUAAGCCAGGAGAAGUUAGAGAUGGGCCCUGUUUUUCUAAGUGUAUGUGUAAAGAAGCAAAGUGGUUCUGCACAGAAGCAUUAUGUCCUGGAAGAUGUAAAGUAGAAGGAAGUUCAUUUACAACCUUUGAUGGUGUUUCAUAUGAACAUCCUGGAAACUGUCACUUUUUAGCUGUCCAUGAUGAAAAUUGGUCUAUUAGCAUUGAACUUCGUCCAUGUCUAAGUGGUCAAACCAGAACAUGCUUGAAUAGCGUCACCCUUCUUUUAAAUUCUUCUCUUUCAGCUGACAAAUAUAUAUUUAAUAAUGAUGGUAGCAUCACAAACAACAAGAUUAAAAGGCAAAGUUAUUAUUCUGAUGCAAUUCAGAUUUUUAAAGUAUCUUCCUCAUACCUACAAGUAGGGACAUCUUUUGGAUUAAAAAUGCAGAUACAAAUUGAUCCUGUGAUGCAAUUGUAUAUUUCUCUGCCACCCAACAAAUUUACAAACACAGUGGGACUCUGUGGAUCCUACAAUAAGAAAGCGGAGGAUGAUUUCUUGUCAAGUCAGAACAUGUUAGAAAAGACAUCUCAGAUUUUUGCUGACUCAUGGGAAAUGAUGUCCUGUCCGAAAGGAAGACCUUCUUCGUGUAUAAGCAUAGAAAAUGAAAAGUUUGCUGAAAAUAAUUGUUUGAAUCUUACUGAUCCAAGUGGGCCUUUUGCUACCUGUCAUUCCAUUGUAGACCCUAGAUCCUAUCAUGAGAAAUGUAAAACAUUCACUUGCUCUUGUGAAAAUACCCAAGAUUGCUUAUGUACAAUGAUAGGAAACUAUGUAAAAGCAUGCGCUGAGAAUGGAGUAUACAUAAGUGGAUGGAGAAAGGGCCAAUGUGAACAAACUUGUCAAAAUGGCCUGGUCUUCAAGUACAACGUGAAAGCUUGCAAUAGCUCUUGCCAAUCAUUAUCAGAGAGUGAUAAGAGCUGCGUUGUACAAGAUAUUCCAGUUGAUGGAUGUAGCUGCCCUGAUGGACUGUAUCUUAACAGUGAAGGAUCUUGUGUCCUGAAAACCCACUGUGACUGCUACAUAAAUGAUGAAAUUGUGAAACCAGGCAAAAAUACUUCCAUUGAUGGCAAUGUAUGUAUCUGCCAAGAUGGUACUCUUCUUUGCCAGGAUCCAGUUGACAAAAUCUCAGAAAAUUGUACUGGGGGAGCUAAAUAUGUGAAUUGCAGUGAACCAAAUGCACAGCAGAGGCAGGACAGAACAUGUAGUUCUCGGAAUAUACCUAGUUUUAAUGAGGACAUUCCCUGCAGACGUGGAUGCUUCUGUCCUAUAGGAAUGGUUCGGGACUCAAAAGGAAACUGUAUUUUUCCUGAUGACUGUCCAUGUUUUUUUGGUGGAUUGGAAUAUGACCAAGGAAGUAUUACAACAGUUGGAUGCAAUGAAUGUACUUGUGUAAAAGGAUCCUGGAAUUGCACACAAAACACAUGUCAAACAUCCUGCCAUAUUUAUGGGGAUGGACAUGUUAGAACCUUUGAUGGAAAAACAUACAGCUAUGAUGGUCUCUGUCAGUAUUCUUUUGUUGAGGAUUAUUGUGGUCAAGAAUCUGGCACAUUCCGAGUUUUAACUGAAAGUGUUCCAUGUUGUGCAGAUGGACUUACAUGCUCAAGAAAAAUAGUAGUUGCUCUAAAGGACCAAAAUGUUGUCUUGCAAGAUGGCAAAGUCACAGUAGUCAAAAUUCCGGAAAGCAAAGGAUGUGAACUUAAUACAACUGUAUACUCUAUGCACACUGUUGGUCUGUACUUGAUUUUGAAAUUUCUAAAUGGAUUAACCCUGAUCUGGGACAAAAAUACAAGAGUAUCUGCUAUAUUGGAUCCAAGCUGGAGUGGAAACGUGUGUGGUCUGUGUGGAAAUAAUAAUGGAGAUCUCAAGGAUGAUUUCACUACAAGGCAUGCAUCAGUAGCUGUUGGAACACUGGAAUUUGGAAAUAGUUGGAAAACAAGUCAAGAGUGUUCAGACACAGUGGUUCAAGCUUUUCCAUGUGAUUCUAACCCAUACUGUAAAGCAUGGGCUUUAAGAAAAUGUGGGAUUAUCAGAGAUAGUACAUUUAAAGAUUGCCACAACAAGGUUGAUCCUGAUGCUUACUAUACUGCAUGUUUGGAAGAAGCCUGUGUAUGUGAUAUGGAAGGAAAAUACCUUGGAUUCUGUACUGCUGUGGCCAUGUAUGCAGAAGCUUGUAGUGCAGUUGGAGUUUGUGUCUCUUGGAGAAAGCCAGACCUUUGCCCUGUCUAUUGUGAUUUUUACAAUGCCCCUGGUGAAUGCAGCUGGCAUUAUGAGCCCUGUGGAACAGUGAAAGCCAAAACAUGCAAAGAUCACCUUAUUGGACAAAAAUUUGCUACUAUUUUGGAAGGUUGCUAUGCUAAAUGCCCUGACAGUGCCCCAUAUCUGGAUGAAAACACCAUGAAGUGUGUCAAUUUAUCAGAGUGCAGCUGCUUCUACAAUGAUGUGAUACCAGCAGGCGGAAUAAUAGAAGAUGAAUGUGGAAGAACAUGUUUUUGCAUAGCAGGACAAUUACAGUGCGUGGAAACAGUCACGUCCAUAGGAACCAUUGGGACAAACAGAACUGAAACAAGUGUGACAAGCAUAUCAGCUCCAUGGACCACCGUCAGCUAUAGUGCAGACACAGAAGCAAUCCUGACGACAGCAGCAGCCAGUGGGACGAGUAGCGCUCAAAGCACCACUAAGGCAAGUUCAGCAGCUGGGAGCAGCGUUUCCAGUGGAGCCACCAAAGGAAGCAUGGAGCUCCUAGACUUCCUUGCCUCUUUCAGGGGCAACCACAUAGCCUCAACAGCCAAGGCAGUGCAGUUGACAGGCAGCCCCUGCUUUCUAAUUGGCCGGGACAGGCAGGCCAGCCAGGCCAGGCAGUGCCAUAUGCCAUGUAGACUUGGAGAAGUAUCAAAGACGCAAGCUUACUUGGCGGCUUUCAGACCAGCGAUUCUUGCUUUGGGGUCUCUGAUAGCCUCUGAAAGCCACGGCUUUCCUUCACCUCGAAGCCCCGACAAGAAUCCACUGUACGGGCAUGCAACGAAGGAGAUAUUCUCCUGUUUGCCAAGGUGCUGCAAAGGCCGAAUUUCCCUUCUGCACUUCCUCUUCUUGCUGCACAUUUCAUUAUUCCCUCUUUCUCUUGCUUUGGCACUAGAGCCCCAUCUCUCUCUCUCCCACAUGGGAGAGCAGCCUCUGCCUAUUCCUCCACAGCAAGUCUCUCCUUUGCCAUUUCUCUUUGCUGCAAAAGAGAAGAAGCUCUGCAAAUCAAGAAGCAAGCAUAGCCACUCAUGCUCCAUCGAGGCAGAAACCAUCAGCCUUUUGGACAUGAGAUGCGGCCAGCAGGACAAUCCUAGGAGAGCCAUGUUUUGGCGCUCAGGGACUAGCAGGGGCGCCCUCAGAGAAUUCUGGAAAUCCAAGGCAAGGCCAUGGAUCCAGGAUGCCAUUGCUCAUCAGCCAUUCUCAUCUCUGCUGCCCUUUCGUAGCCCGCUGAGGCCAUGA